AGCAAUUGAGGAGGUGGAAACUACUGUCCUAGGACUGAACAGUAAUUAUGAUGAGACAACCAGCAACGUUUCUUCUGGCUCACCAAAGAGUCAAGUGAACGGAAGUGGAGAGUCCAGAAGCAAGCGGACCAUUCGCAGGCCUGCUUACUGGUUGGAAAUGAGAGGCAUAAAAAACAGCAUUAACAAAUCUUCAGAAAAAAAAGCAGGAGAAGUACUUUUGAAAGGCAAGAGGAAAUCUGAGGAUGGGGAAGGUGAAGAUCUUAAAGACUCUCCUAAGAAGAAGCAGAAGAUUUCUGCAGGAAAAAAACAGCAAGCUGGAGCACAACAAAACUCCAAGACGAAAGGCCACUGUGUUCAGAAAGAACCAGAAGCCUAUGGCACAGGUAGUAUGGAAGAGCAGUGGUCUUUGGAAAUUCAGGACAAAGGUCGAGUUACCUGUCCAACGUGCCGGGCUGUGGUGAGAAAGACUGUAGAAGGACUGAAGAAACAUAUGUUAAAUUGCAGGCAGGAAAUGUUCACAUGUCAUCACUGUGGGAAGCAGCUGAAGUCUUUAGGAGGGAUGAAAUACCAUGUCAUGGCAGACCAUAACAAUCAGCCAGUUGUGAAGGAGGGAGGAGAACUGGAUGAACAGCUUGAACGAGACCGCCUUCGGAAGGUUUUGAAGCGUAUGGGAAAACUGAAGUGUACAAGGGAGGGCUGCACAGGCAGCUUCACUAGCAUAAUGGGAUACCUAUAUCAUGUUAAAAAAUGUGGGAAGGCUGCUUCUGAGCUGGAGAAAAUGGCGAUGAAGUGCCAUCAUUGUGGGAAAGCAUACAAAUCAAAGGCAGGUCUUGUCUACCAUCUCCGAUCUAAGCAUGGGCCGGUCACUUUCUUCCAUGAGGAGAGAACAGAAAGCCUGAAGGAAAUAAAACGGGAGCCAAAUAAUACAGGGAGAGUUCAGAGGAGAUCUGCGAAGGUGGCAAUCUACUAUCUCCACGAGCUAGCUGGAGAAGAGCUGGCCAAAGAGUGGCCCAAGAGAAAAGUGCUGCAGGACUUGAUUCCAGAUGAUCGGAAGCUGAAAUAUACUCGUCCUGGACUGCCCUCAUUUAGUCAAGAUGUGCUGUGCAAAUGGAAAACGGAGAUAAAGAUGUACCGAAGAGUCCACUGUCCAAAUCAGGGUUGUGAAUCUGUAUAUGGCAGUGUCUCAGGACUCAAAUCUCAUCUUGGCACAUGUACCUCGGGAGAUUUUGUGGCUGGCAAAUACAAGUGUCUCCUGUGUGAGAAAGAAUUCGUUUCAGAGAGUGGGGUCAAGUAUCACAUCAACUCUGUGCAUGCUGAGGAUUGGUUUGAUGUGAACACAAGUACCACCAAAAGCUUUGAGAAGCUAAUGAAAAUCCGCCAAAGAGAAGAGCAGAGGAAGCAACGGAAGAAACAUUCUUUGACCCGGGGCAAAAAGAAGAGAACUGGGUCCCUGGCUGCCAAGAAGCUCUCCAGCGCUGGAGCUGAGAAAAUGAAGAGAAAUAAGAGAGAUUGUCCACAGCGGGUAGACAACGAGAGCGAGAGUAGUGAGGAGGGGGAGCCCCAAGUUGCACAGACAGCCAAAUUUCCAAAAUCCAGCCACAAGCGAGGCCAGAAAUAAAUCCCUGGAAGAAGGGAAGGAGUAAUCCUAAAGCGUUUCAGUUACAAGCCCCACUUCUGUCAGUCUCAUAACCCACAGCACUAAUAUAAGCAACUGAAUGCCUUUGGAACUGUGAUUUCAUUCCGCUCUGUGACCUAGAUUUUGAAACUGUUGAAUCUGGUCAGUUGUGAGAAACUAUGAACCAAAGCUGUGGUACAGAGGCAACCUCUCCUGGUGUAGUUCCCGUGAACAGUGGGACUAGCAGUGUACCCAAUGUGGUUUAUGCUCUGGUUGCAGUCUCAGUUUGGGUCACAGUAGUUAAUUGUUUAAUGGUUUCCAGCACAGCAGCUCUGUUUUGUCUUCUUCCUGAUUGGUGACACCAGGGUUCUUUCUAAGCAGUUCUCCCUAUAAGAGUCUGACUAGCACAGUGUUUAGGUCCCUUUAAGGGAGGAACCUUUCUUGCACAGUAUGCACAAAAAGUUAAGCAGCACCAUGCAGAACACAAAGGCUUUAGUUUGCCCUUUAGCUGUCCUAUCUGUUGUCAGCAAGGAUACCACAGAAGAGCAAAUACCUUACUGCUCCAGUCUGUUGCACACAGCACUGUCUGUAAUUCAUACACUGAUGUCUAGCCUUGGCGCCAAACAGUAGCAUAUGAGGUUUGGUCUGCUUGGAAGUGAUGGGACAUCAUUAUCUCCCUUGUCAGGAACCUGAUAUUCCUCUGGUAUCUGUCUUCUUUAGUACUGGACAUUGAGUGUAUAAGGAAGGUCUUCCCACCCAGUGCAGAAUAAAUACUCUCCAGCCUUUUGGAGAUUCACUGGCCUUUUGGAGACCACCUGACAAUGUAAAAUGUUGGCCUAUGUGGGUCUUCUGAGGACAGCUUGUUUCAGACUCAACUGGGAAACAAACUUGCUGCAAGAAGGUGCGUAUCUACAGUUGCAGUGUUGGUAAUGCUGCAGCCUGGAAUGCACUGAACUGCCUUGCCCCAGUGUGUUGUUCUUUGUCAUGCCCACACUCCCAUAGCAUCCUUUUCUCUGCAAGUGAGCACUGUAGAUGUCUCCUUUAUCUUACAUCACCUGUUUCUUUUCAAUACUGCUUCCUUUAUAUGGAUGAGGUAUAUUAGCAGUGGCUUUCCUGUGUGGAGAAGGUCAAAACAGGGUUCAUUUUUUGUAAAGUCACAUGAUGGUAUGAUCUCUGUGUCAUAGGGAAUAUCUUCCUGUGCUCCAGAGUUGAAACAGAUGUUACAGAAAUAGUAAGAAGCAGCAUGAGCAAUGCUACUCCGUUUUUUGACAGAAUAUGUUCUCCAGAAUCUCUGUUAUCCAAAGAUCCGCUGUCCCAGAAAGUUGUAAAACUUGACCUUUUCCUUGUAGUUUUGCAGGCAAGAAAAUAGGCUACAUGUUGCCUCCCUUUGAUUUUUUCCUGUUUACCAAAAUUGGUAUCUGGCACUGAAAUUCACAGGGAAGCCAUUGCAGUGCCUGGUGAACAGGCAGGUUUAUAUGUAUGUGUUAUUACCAGAAUCACGUCAGUCCUGAUGAUGGGAAACACUGUAUGGCCAGGGUGUUUUCAAGAGCUGCCUCUUCCAUGUAAUAAGCAAAGCAGUCAGGAAGUAGUAAGACAGCAUGCAGUGCUCUACUGUGAUUUACAUACAGUAGUUACACACUGCCUUUUGGAAACAGUUGUCACCAUGUGUGCAGUGCUGCACUCAAAGUAUAAAUAUGUGGACUUCUGUACAGGGUGUACAAGGCUUGGAGCAGGAGGGGCAAGAUCAGAAGAUGACAAAAUAAAAUGUUACCAAUGUAAGAAA